AUGGGCAAGUCUGAGGAAAUCCUCGGAAAGGCACUUCGAGUCUUCAACAUCCCACGAGAACGAGUUGUGAUUAUGUCCAAGUGCUACUUUGGAGUAGCAACGGAUGGCACAAUGCCACCAAUCCUCUCGAUGGCGUCCAACGACGGGGAUAUGGUGAAUCGUGUUGGUCUGUCGCGGAAGCAUAUCCUAGAUGCCGUCGAAGCCAGCGUACGCCGUCUUGGCACCUACAUUGAUGUCCUUCAGAUCCACCGACUUGAUCGAGAGACACCUAAAGAGGAAAUCAUGCGUGCUCUGAACGAUGUGAUUGAGAAAGGUUGGGUCCGCUAUAUCGGCGCAAGUUCAAUGGCGGCUUGGGAGUUCCAGCAACUCCAGCACGUUGCGGAAAAGAAUGGCUGGCAUAAGUUUAUUUCUAUGCAGAACUUUUACAAUUUGUUGUACCGUGAGGAGGAACGUGAGAUGAUUCCUUACUGCAAAGCAACGGGAGUCGGUAUUGUGCCCUGGUCACCGAUAGCUCGCGGUGUUCUCUCCCGCCCGUGGGAUGCUCGUUCUACCAAGCGCGAGGGAACGGAUGCGGUUUUGCACAGGCUCAUCCGAUCCCGCGAAACAGAAGCUGACAAAGCUAUCGUGAACCGUGUGGAAGAAAUUGCAAAGAAAAAAGGCACGUCUAUGGCACAGGUUGCCACUGCUUGGUGUCUGUCUAAAGGGGCCAACCCUAUCGUCGGAUUGAGCAAGAUGGAUCGCAUCGAUGAGGCAGUCGCCGCACUGCAAGUAUCGCUCACGCAAGAUGAAAUUGAAUUCCUAGAACAGCCCUACAUGCCCAAGGCUGUGGCUGGCUAUUAA